UAGCUAGCAUUCAUGAUUUUUUAUAAUGAAACUUCAAUUUUAUAAAAUAUUAUUGUGGAAGUCAAACUGGUGGGAUGCUGAAUACGUUAUUGCUUUUGUCGAUGAGCGGGCGACGUACCCUCCCUGUGCGUUUACUGUGGUUUGGACGCACUAACUAGCUUUUCAUGAUGUUACUAGUAUAAUAUAAUAUUCCCCUUUAUAAUACAAUAUCAUACUACAUGGAUCGAUGUUUAUGGAUUCACUUAAAAUAUAUCUAUACAAGUAGUAGAAAGUAUGUUUUUGUGUCUUGAAUCCCUCCCUUAUAAUACAAUAUUAAAUGGUGGAAUGCUGGUAGAAAGUUACCCGCGUGAUUAAUCUUUAGUUUAUGGAAUAAUAAAUUAGAAAAGGUAGGAUGGACUGCUGAAACCUGCAACCUGCAAGUGCAAGCUAGUUAUAUGGUAAUUUAAUAAUCAAGGAAUCUGGUUAAAAUCGCUUUCGUGGUGGCCUUUUUUUCCCACCGAGUCAAUACCAGAAGUCCAUGUCCAUCCAUCUUCCGCCACACCACACUACCCCUGCCCAUGUGUGAAUAAUAGACUAAUCAACCAUCAUCUUUCUCUUUUCCUUGUCCUCCUCCCUCCUUCCCUCCCUCCCCCAAGUAGACUGACUAUAUGGAUUUAUUUUUCUUUAAAAUAAAAUUCAAAGGUGUAAUCUUCCACAUAGGUUAACGGCCAUCCUCAAGAUCAUAUCCCCAAAUUUAAAUAAAUAAAUAAAUAGAACCCCAAACAUCCCAUCUUUUUUUAGUAUAUUUAAUAAAUAUUACUAUUAAACUAUUUUAAAAUGCUUACAUAAUGUCAAAUAUAGCCUUCUCUUCUCUUACCUCUUGCAUCUCUAGAUUGCUCAAAUCUAUAUUAAGGACUAUUUGCGUCGUGUGUGAAUGCUCGCCAGUUAAUCCUUAUUUAUCACACGAAGAAGACAUCCUGAGAACGAAAAGAAAGAAGAAAAAAUGGCAGUUGCUGCUACAGUGACUUCCCGUGAAGAGGAGAAGACUCUCCAACACGAGCUGACUAUCCCAAUUUUACUUGCUGAUCGAGUCAUCAAAUUCGCCCAAGAAGCAGAAUCCUCUAAGCAAGAUUGUUCCGACCUCGCUAAACAAGUGGACCGCCUCUCCCUGAUGCUACGAUCCACCGUUCGCCUCGCCUCUACUUCUCCUUCCGUCUACGAUCGCCCUCUCCUCCGCAUCGCUUCCGACAUCUCCAAGAACCUCGAACGUGCUCUCACCCUUGUUCGUAAGUGCAAGCACAGCGGCCUUCUCCGCCAGGUCUUCUCCAUCACCUCCACCGCUGACUUUCGCAAGGUCUCCAACCUUCUCGAGUCUUCCAUCGGCGACAUGAAAUGGUUUUUGUCGAUUUUUGAGUCCGAUGGAUGUACUUAUCUUUCCCUCCCUCCAAUUGCUAGUAACGAUCCUAUUUUAGCUUGGGUCUGGUCUUACAUAUCGACUAUCCAGAUGGGCCAACCCAAAGACCGAGUUGAUGCAGCUAACGAACUCGCCUCGCUAGCGCGAGAUAGCGAUAGGAACAAGAAGAUGAUAGUGGAAGAGCAAGGAAUUUGUCCCUUGUUGAAGUUGCUUAAAGAAGGACCGUCUCCUGAGGCACAAAUUGCUGCUGCAAAUGCCCUCUUCAAUAUCGCCACUGAUCAAGAGAGGGUUAGGCGAAUAGUGGACUGGCUUGGAGUCCCUAUCAUUGUGGGUGUUUUGGGGGAUUCUCCGACGAAGGUUCAGACUGUGGUUGCAAAUUUAGUGGCUAGCAUGGGGGAAUUGGACCCAUAUUCGCAGGAGGUGCUCAUGACAGAGAACGUGACUCGGCCACUGGUAUCGUUGUUAUCUAUUGACUUGGAUUUUGACGAUGUCGAAAAUCAGUCUGCUAAAACAAGUAUUCACUCGCUUGUUCAAAUGAACAAAGAAUUAUCUUAUACGAGAUACAGUAAUGGCCAUUCUGUGAAUUAUAAUUCUGAUGGUAGUUCUCACCACAGGAAGGAAAGGGAGAUGGAACCACCAGAGGUGAAGCUUAAGCUUAAGGUUAGUUGCGCAAAAGCAUUAUGGAAAUUGUCUAAAGGGAGCGUAUCCAACAGUAGGAAGAUUACAGAGACGAGAGGCCUGCUUUGCUUGGCGAAGAUUAUUGAGAAGGAAAAAGGGGAGCUGCAAUUAAAUUGUUUGAUGACUAUUAUGGAGAUUACAGCUGUGGCAGAGUUCGAUGUUGAUCUUAGACGUGCAGCUUUUAAGACGAAUCGCCCCCCUGCCAUGGCAGUUUUGAAUCAGCUUUUAAGAGUAAUUCAGGAAGAAAGUGAUCCAAAUCUACAUAUUCCUGCUAUUAGGUCAAUUGGGUGCCUAGGUCGAACUUUCCCCGCUAGAGAGACCAGGAUAAUUGAGCCUUUGGUUGCUCAGCUAGGUAAUAGCAAUGUGAAUGUUGCAACUGAAGCAGCUAUUGCCUUGGGGAAAUUUGUAUCUCCUGAUAAUUUCAAUUGCUCCCAACAUUCAAAAGCUAUUAUAGAGUUUAAUGGAGUUCAGCCUUUGAUGAAAUUGAUACGGAACGGUGAUCGAGCUCGGAUGCAUGGCCUAGUAUUACUGUGUUACCUGGCACUGAAUGCCGGGAAUAGUAAGGCUCUUGAACAAGUGAGGGCCUUGAAUGCUCUUGAAGCUGCAGCUCGUCCUGUGAUAGCUCAACAUCCUGAGUUGAGGGAUUUGCUUGCCAAGGCUAUACACCACCUCAUUCUUUAUCAGGCUGGACCUCAUCCCCAUAGGCAGUCGUUUGCGCCAUAAUGAGUUUGAGCAUUCAAGACAUUGGAUCCUUCUGAUUGUUAUUGUAACAAAUCUUAUAUAUAACAUUAUGAAACAGAGGAAAUUUUUGUUCAUCAACAGAUGAUUGUUCUAAAAAGGUUGGAAAUAAAAUUUGGCAUUUUCUCUCUA